AUGGUUUAUGUUUCCCACCUCCAGGCUGUUGCUCAGGCUGUUGGCUGCUCCAGGAAUGCCCAUGCCCUCCCUUCAGACGGGCCUGUAGAAUCUUCCCAUGCCACCGGCUUGAAGGCUGAGCUGGGUGCAGGUGUCAUUUCUUUAGUAUCUGCCUGCGGAGGAGGAGAUCUGGUGUCGGAAAAUCAGCAUGAGCUUUGGAAGCAGGCCUUUGGGAGUGAAAUGUUGACAGAGGAGAGGCAGCGUGUUUCUCCUGUGGUUUCCUGUCAUGUGAGCCCAGGGACAAAACCAACAGCUAUGGGAUCCUUCAGUUCACAUGUGACAAAGUUUCCUAGAAAACGCAAAGGAAGUGAUUCAGACCCAUCCCAGUCAGGAAUCAUGACAGAAAAAGUGAUGGAAAAGCUUUCUCAGAAUCCCUUUACCUAUCUUCUUUCAACAAGGAUAGAAAUAUCCGCAUCUGGUGGCAGCAGAGCGGAAGAUGGUGAACAAUAUGUAAAAAUGAAUCCUUAUAGAGAAGCUCACAGCCAAACCGAAAAGCGGAGGAGGGAUAAGAUGAAUAACCUGAUUGAAGAACUGUCUGCAAUGAUCCCUCAGUGCAAUCCCAUGGCACGUAAACUGGACAAACUUACAGUUUUGAGAAUGGCUGUCCAACACUUGAAAUCUUUAAAAGGCAUGGCAAAUUCUUAUGUAGGAGAUAAUUAUAGACCUUCAUUUAUUCAGGAUAAUGAGCUCAGGCAUUUAAUCCUUAAGACUGCAGAAGGCUUCCUAUUUGUGGUUGGAUGUGAAAGAGGAAAAAUUUUCUUCAUUUCUAAAUCAGUCUCCAAAAUACUUAAUUAUGAUCAGGCUAGUUUGACUGGACAAAGCUUAUUUGACAUCUUACAUCCAAAAGAUGUUGCCAAAGUAAAGGAACAACUUUCUUCCUCUGAUAUUUCACCAAGAGAGAAACGAAUAGAUGCCAAAACUGGUUUGCAAGUUCACAGUAAUUUCCACACCCGGACACAUGUGCACUCUGGCUCAAGACGAUCCUUUUUCUGUCGGAUAAAGAGUUGUAAAAUCUCUGUCAAAGAAGAACCCAGAUGCUUACGAAACUCAAGGAAGAAAGAUCAGAGAAAAUUCUGUACUAUCCACUGCACGGGUUACUUGAGAAACUGGCCUCCAAAUAUUGUUGGAGUGGAAGAAGAAAGACACAGUAAGAAAGACAACAGUCAUUCCACCUGCCUUGUUGCCAUUGGAAGAUUACAUCCAUGUACUGUCCCACAGAAUGGUGGAGAGAUUAAAGUGAAACCACCUGAAUUUAUAACCCGAUUUGCAAUGAAUGGAAAAUUUGUCUAUGUAGAUCAAAGGGCAACAGCAAUUUUAGGAUAUCUGCCUCAGGAGCUGUUGGGAACUUCUUGUUAUGAAUAUUUUCAUCAAGAUGAUCACAGUAAUUUGACUGACAAGCACAAAGCAGUUCUACAGAGUAAGGAGAAAAUAUCUACAGACUCAUACAAAUUCAGAGCAAAAGAUGGCUCUUUUGUAACUUUAAAAAGCCAGUGGUUUAGUUUCACAAAUCCUUGGACCAAAGAACUGGAAUAUAUUGUGUCUGUCAACACUUUAGUUUUGGGGCAUAGUGAGACUGGAGAAGCACCGUUAUUUCCUCUCAGCUCUCAAUUAUCAGAAGAAUCCUCUAGACAGUCUUGCAUUAGUGUGCCUGAAGCGUCUACUGGAACGGUACUUGGUGCUGGUAGUGUUGGAACAGAUAUUGCAAAUGAAGUUCUGGAUUUACAAAGGUUACAGUCGUCUUCAUCCCUUGAUGACUCAAGUCCAGCAGACUUAAUGAAAGACGCUCACACUGUCAACUGCAGGAAUAUGUCAAAUAAAGAAUUGUUUCCACUAAGUCCUUCUGAAAUAGGGGAGCUGGAGCCUACCAGGCAAACCCAGAGCACAGCUGCUGUCCACACGCAGGAACCCCUCCCCAGUGAUGGUGCCCAGCUGGAUUUCGAUGCCCUGUGUGACAAUGAUGACACAGCCAUGGCUGCACUCAUGAAUUACUUAGAAGCAGAGGGGGGUCUGGGGGAACCUGGCGACUUCAGUGACAUCCAGUGGACACUCUAG